GCUAGCUAAAACAGUAGGUGAGACAACAACAGCUAAUCAGCUAGCACAACAACAGCAGAUAAAAUGGCGUUGACUAGGCAGGGAGGGUCGGAUUAACUACACACAGAGCCUGAGUGUGGCUGUUGCAUUUUAUAUUGUUGUUCGGUAUAGUUUUGGUUUUGUACACCAGCUGUUAAUACAAUAUUUUUGGUUCUGGAAAAUAUAUUUCACAGCGCUUUAGAUGGUACAAUGAUUCUCUACACUAGCUUGUUUUGUCACAAACUGAAAUUAAGUGAACUAUUAGAAUUUUAGGCCCCACCAACCAGGAAAAGGUGGGGAAAUUUCUGCGUAGUGCAUCAUUAAGCUAUAUUUUUAUGACCUGCUCUUCAAUGUCUUGUCCAAUGAAUGUGACUUAUGCAAUAGGUAUUAGGCCUAGCCUACAGUGUCUCUGCAGCCUGCCUUUUGGAAAAAUGUCCCAAAGUGAAAAAUCUUCAGUUCUUGGAAAUGUUCCUCUUGCAGUUUGAAAGGAAACCCCUGCCAAACAAAGCACAUUCCUAAAGCUGGAGGUUCCCUCAGCACUAGCCCUUGGUCAUGACACUCAGUUCCAUUAUAUAUAAGUCAUUGGACGAAGGCUUCUGUAGGGUAAGUUUUGUUAAGAGCCGCAAUGCUUGGUCUGAGCAUACACACCAUCGCUCGCGGUACGGUUUUGAAACCUUAUCUUUCAUAUCGGCGAGUAAUAAUAAAAAAAGUUUAAUUGAUACACACCUUUUAUAGGGUUAGUGUUCCCACAUGGUCAUAUUUCCAUGUUACAGCGCUUGUUUACAGAAAACAGAUGGAAGACGGAGUGGGCUAUCUGUGCUAAUUAGCUAUCUGUGUCUCCGAACACCUGUAAACGGAAGAACGAUGCCACAAAGUUGUCACUGAAAAAUAUUGUUGGCUGCAAAUGUGUUAAAGCGGGUUAAAACAGUCAGGGUGUAUUUUGGAUUUGUGAAAAUAUUUUGACAUGAUAUGAAAAUAGAGGGAUUUAUGUUUCUAGAACUGGACCAUAAUUGAGAAUCGAUUUAGAGGGAGUAUUUGGCUGUUUUGGCUUCCAGAGCCAAUUCCCCCUUUAAACAGAAUAUGUUUGUGCAUGUGUGAUUGUGUCCUCCUUUGUGAGUUGUUCACCAAAAUCCCCUAACCUCCCAUACAAGACGGUCCUAGCCAUGUUUUCUGUUUGCACUGCAUAGCACAGUGUUUCCCAAUCCAGCAUAAUAGGUACAUGAUAGGGUUAACUUGGCUAAGAUCAAGUGUAGGGUUGCAAAAUUCAGGAACUUUCAAUAAAUUCCCUGGUUUCCCAAAAUCCCAUUUGGAGGAUCCCGGAACCAGGAGGGAAUAAGCAGAAAAAUGCGGAAUCCUCCAACCAGGAUUUCUAGAAAACCAGGGAAUUUAUUGAAGGUUGCCAGAAUUUUGCAACCCUAAUCAAGUGUAGUAUCUGUUCUUAUCAGUUUAUCUAAUACAUCCCCCGUUGGGUGAUUACUUAUUAAAUGGGGUUUUCAAAUAGGGAGUGGGAAAUGGGAGUUGCUCCACUUAUUUAACCUUUAUUUAACUGGGCAAGUCAGUUAAGAACAAAUUCUUAUUUACAAUGACGGCCUAGGAACAGUGGGUUAACUGCCUUGUUCAGCAUCUACCCGGUAUUGGAGUACCCCUGGGAAUGGUGCACCACUUUUCAGGGGGUCACCAGAGGGUUGCCAGGUCAAAUCUCUGGUCUGAAGUGAGCUGGCAACUGGAGGGUUGCUGCUGGUAUCAAAUCCUAAAUGCCAUUGCCAGCUGUUGUGCCCUUGAGAAAGGCACUUAACCCCCCAAAACAACUGCUCAACAGGUGCCCAGUGUGGCAGCCCCCUCCUCCAACCUCUCCUAUCCUGUAGAGGUAUGUGUAUCUUUUGGACGGGUUGAGAUAAGUGGAAGUCACAUUUCGGUUGGACCUUGUGAUCUUAAAAGGAAAAAUGUCUUGGUUGGAUCUGUUAGGACUGGCUCUUUGGCUUUGGAAGAUGUUUGACUGUGAGAUCAGAGGUUAGUAUACACAGUGUAUGUUGACUAUAAGAAAGGCCUUGAAGUAUUACUUCACACCUGAUCCUGAUGGUCUACAGAAGACAUUCCAUCAUGUUACUCUAUGAAGAGUGAGCAUAGACUGAAGGUCAGUUUAUUCCCCAGUCUCUGUCACCCAGUCCCAUUCAUUCAUAGUUACAGAAAAGAGCAGCCCUCUAGGUCCAGGUUGUGUGUUUGGGUGAUCUGGUUUGACUCACAUCUGAGCCACAGACAACUGCUACAGACAACUGUAGCCUACCCAGUAUGUGUGUUGAGAGCCCAUGUCAGCAGCUGGCAAUAUGCAUUGCACAAUCCAAACAGAGGUCAGAUGGAGGUGAGAACAGGCCUACCCACACCUGACUGGGAUGUAUAGGCUUCAGUAAGAACACUCAUUGUUGCAAGAUGUCCCUAUUUCUGUGUUUUUGUUUUGCAUUAUAGGGGCAACUGUAAAGGAAUAUUCCAAUGCUAAGUUUUACAUUAAUACUGCCAAUAAGUGGAAUGUUUGUUACUGUAUUGUAUUUCCCUUUAGUUAUUUCAACAUUCACGGUCUGGCCUGUCUCUUUGCCCUCUGGCUGUUCAGGAAUGUGUACACUAGAUAUAUUUCAAUGGGGGGUCUGAAUAAACAAGCACCUCCCCACCACAGGGUUGCAACACACACACACACACACACACACACACACACACACACACACACACACACACACACACUUGCGCACAGCUGAGAAACAUUAGGCAGAGUUUAGGCCCACUCCUCAUGAGCACAAGCCCUCUGCUGCUCUGCCAUAAAUGAGGUGAGGGAGGACAACGGGGAACUGUUAGAGAAGCUCUGGAAAGAUCUCAUAACUCCAGCACAAGGACCAGACAGCGUGUUCUCUUUAUUUGCAACUCUUUUUGAUGGAUUAUGUCAGUUAGUCUAAAGACGAAAGAGAAUUGAAAGAGUUUUGGCUUCAAGUUGGAAUUUCUUAAUACGCCAAACAAAAGAGUUUAGGAAAAGUUCACUUUGUCACAGGCACAGAUAAUUGUCUUUAACCAGAAAUGCUCCCUAUGUCAUUUUAUAUUUUCAAAUGAAGCAAGUAUAAUAUUUACUCUUAACUUUUUGUCGUCUUAAUUGAUUAAACAAUGAGACUUUCCAGGCAGAGAGUUGGUACUUCCAUCUGCACCCAUCUUAAGAGCAGGCACAAAGAUACCCAGAAAGACUGUUUUGGUUUAAUGGUCACAGGCUAUGCAGUGAGGUAUAGUAUAGCCAGAAGCAGCAGGUUGGGUUCGAUUGUAGGAAUCUUAGGGGAGAGCAUACAGAAGAAAGGUUUUACUGAGACCCUCCCCCUCGUCUCCGGCAGUAUAAUUUAAAUUUAAACUAUGUCCAUUUCUCUAAGAACUGUAUUGCCUUGCCGAUCCUUUUGGAAAGCCAUUACCCCACUAAUUGGUUCACCCAUUUAGCAGAUUUUGUUUAUUUUUAGGCUAUUCUCAGUGCUAUUCUCAAUGUUACACAACCAUUCCUUGAAGACAAAAAGUCAAAUGUUCUUGUGCGCAACACCUAGCCUAUUUUUCUUACUGCUUGGGGUGAUUUUAUUUUUUUCAGGAUGAAAAAGACUGCCUCAUUUGUCCUUUAACACUGUUUUAUAAGCUCUGCUGUUAUAAAGCCCCAAAUACUUUCCCUACCUUGGUCAUCAUGACAGCAAGGCCAGUUGUCCAUGCACCUGGGUGAGAUGUGAGCUAAUACACAUGGAUUGUGUAUUAAAUCUUCAUCUGUGACAGUAAGAACUUCUGACCGCAGAACAACCCCAGUUAGACCCAAACCAGCCAGUGACUGCCAUCUAGUGGAGUUGACAGGAAACCUGAGACUGAGCAAGAUGAAUUCCAGAGGAGAAAGCCUUGUUUUCCAGACUUGUGGAGAUAAGGUGUUUUCCUUUUUAUGGAAACCUCUUUUGUGUGUCCACACUGAGGUGUAAAUGUAUGGGUAUCAGAGAGCCCAGUAUGAAGAAGACAGGCAGGCCGGUGGGGACUAAGGCUCAGAGUGGAGAGAGGGGGAAGACUGAAGGCACUGCUACAGGAACCACCGGCAAGGCUGCAGCCAAGACCACCACAACAGCACCACUGUCAAAGGUUAAAAGCAAUGAUGAUCUGCUAGCAGCAAUGGCAGGGGGAACUCCAGCUACGAACCGCACUGUGACCAAGAAUAAGAGGACUGCCUCCACGGGGAACAGCAAUGGUAACCCAGACAGUAAACCAAAGACUAGCACAGGUUCCUCAGCCAAACGUGUGACGUCCUCGACCUCCAAGGAGCCCAACUCAUCAAGGGAUCGUCUGCGGACAUCCAGAACAUCGCCUAGUAAGAAGCAGUCAUCAGGGGCAGGGCAGGGAGAUGUGGCCCAGGGAAAGUGCUCUCGCAGCCAGCAGCUAGCAGAGUCAGAGGGCCGCAUGAACAAGUCUAAAUCAGACAGACAGAUCAGUGACAAGGUGGCCCUGGAGGCCAAGGUGGAGGACCUGCUGGGUUUGGCCAAGAGCAAAGACGUGGAGAUCCUGCACCUACGCAGUGAGCUGAGAGAUAUGAGGGCUCAGCUGGGCCUGGGACGGGAAGAGGUGCCCCCAGAGGAGGGAGAAGGCGGAAGGGGGGAGGAGAAGUCCCUGGAGAGGGAGGUGUCGGCCAUCACAGCAGCGGACGUGGAGUCCACGCUGCUCCUCCUGCAGGAUCAGAACCAUGCCAUCCGUGAGGAGCUGAACCUGUUGAAGAGUGAGAACCGCAUGCUGAAGGACCGGCUCAAUGCGCUUGGCUUCUCCCUGGAGCAGAGGCUGGAUGGCUCUGACAAGCUCUUUAACUACGCCUCCCUGAGCCCAGACCUGGCUGCCAGCAGCAGACACAGCGAUGGCAGGUGCACUGGUACCCUUACGUCCUCUGUGGAGGGCUCUGCUCCGGGCUCCCUGGAGGACCUGCUGACGGACCAACAGCACGGUGGUUCAUUGGACAACUUGGACAGUGAGUCCAGCGAGGUCUACCAGGGUGUCACAUCCAGCGACGACGCCCUGGACGCCCCCUCCGGAGCCUCCUCCUCCUCCGAGUCUGAGAGCCUGCCCAGCCGAGAACGCUCGUGCCGGGGCAGCAGCGGCAACGCCAGCGAGGUGUCUUUGGCCUGCCUGACAGAGCGAAUCCACCAAAUGGAGGAGAACCAGCACAGCACGGCCGAGGAGCUGCAGGCUACACUACAGGAGCUGGCUGACCUGCAGCAGAUCACCCAGGAGCUGAAUGGAGAGAACGAAAGGCUAGGGGAAGAGAAGGUAAUCCUCAUGGACUCUCUGUGUCAGCAGAGCGACAAGCUGGAGCACUACGGCCGGCAGAUUGAGUACUUCCGCUCUCUGCUGGACGAUCACCACGUGUCCUACGUCCUGGAGGAGGACAUCAAGAGCGGCCGCUACAUGGAGCUGGAGCAGCGCUACGUGGACCUGGCCGACAACGCCCGCUUCGACAGGGAGCAGCUACUGGGGGUGCAGCAGCACCUCAGCAACACACUAAAGAUGGCUGAGCAGGACAACGCCGAGGCCCAGGAGUUGAUCGGCGCUCUGAAGGAGAGAAACCACCACAUGGAGCGCAUCAUGGAGUCAGAGAGGCAGGACCGGGGGGCCAUGGUGGCAGCGCUGGAGGAGUACAAGGCGGCGGUGAGCAGUGACCAGGUAGAGCUGAGCCGCUGCAGGGCCCAGCUGGACCAGGAGAGGCAGAAGGUGGCUGAGCUCUACUCCAUCCACAACUCUGGAGACAAGAGUGACAUCUGCCAGCUGCUGGAGGGUGUUCGGCUGGACAAGGAGGAGGCAGAGGGCAGGGCUGCCAAACUGCAGGAGGACCUGGGCCACGCCUGCAGUGAUGUCACCAGGCUGCAGGACACCCUCAAUAAGCUGGAUGGGGAGUACCAGGACUUCCAGGAACAGGUACAGAAGCAGAUGGCUGAGCAGAAGCGUGGGCUGGAGAAACAGCGCGGUGAGCUGCUGGAGAAGGAGACUGAGAUCGGGGACAUGAAGGAGACCAUAUUUGAGCUGGAGGAUGAGGUGGAGCAGCACCGAGCAGUCAAACUCCACGACAACCUCGUCAUCACAGACCUGGAGAACUCUGUGAAAAAACUGCAGGACCAGAAGCAUGACAUGGAGCGGGAGAUUAAGAUCCUCCACCGGAGGCUGAGGGAAGAGUCGGCAGAGUGGCGUCAGUUCCAGGCUGAUCUGCAGACGGCCGUGGUUAUCGCUAAUGACAUCAAGUCGGAAGCACAGGAGGAGAUUGGGGAUAUGCGUCACCGUCUCCGCGAGGCCCAGGAGAAGAACGAGAAGCUGGGCAAGGAGCUGGAGGAAGUCAAGAACCGCAAGCAGGAUGAGGAGAGGGGCAGGGUGUAUAACUACAUGAAUGCAGUGGAGAGGGAUCUGGCUGCACUUAGGCAGGGUAUGGGCCUGAGCCGUCGCUCCUCUACCUCCUCAGAGCCCUCUCCCACCGUCAAAACCCUCAUCAAGAGCUUCGACAAUGCCUCCUCACAAGGUACCCCAACCUGCGAGUGCCUAGUCCCCCCGACCUCUGCCCCUGCUGUCACAUUACCACGCACUCCCCUGAGCCCCAGCCCCAUGAAGACCCCUCCUGCUGCCGCCAUCACACCCAUGCAGAGACAGUCCAUAACUGGGUCCAUCUCAGCAGCCAAACCCCUCUCCUCUCUGAAUGACAAAAGGCCCAGCUACACAGACAUCAGCAUGCCAGCAGAGCAUCAUCUUAGGGGCUCCUCUGCCAGCCGCCCUGCCUCUGCUCUGCAGAGGGUCUCAAACAUGGACUCAUCUAAGGCCAUGGCCAUAUCAGUGUCCCGCAGGAGCAGUGAGGAGAUGAAGAGGGACAUCUCUGCCCCUGAGGGUGGCACCUCGUCCUCUCUGAUGGCCAUGGGCUCUGCUUCCUCCCUGUCCUCCUCCUCUCCCACCGCCUCCGUCACCCCCACUGCACGCAGCCGCCUCCGAGAGGAGCGGAAGGACCCCCUCUCAGCCCUGGCCCGGGAGUAUGGGGGUUCCAAGAGGAACGCACUGCUCAAGUGGUGCCAGAAGAAGACUGAGGGGUACCAGAACAUCGACAUAACAAACUUCAGCAGCAGCUGGAACGACGGCCUUGCGUUCUGUGCUGUGCUACACACCUACCUGCCUGCUCACAUCCCCUACCAGGAGCUCACGAGCCAGGACAAGAGGCAAAAUUUCACACUAGCCUUCCAGGCUGCAGAGAGUGUGGGGAUCAAGUCCACUCUGGACCUGAAUGAGAUGGCCAGUACUGAGAGACCAGACUGGCAGAGUGUGAUGACCUACGUCACGGCCAUCUACAAGUACUUUGAGACCUGAUGUGAUUUCCCCACCCAACACUGCAAGCACAACCUGCAGCCCUGCUCGGAAGCUCCUCUGACCUCACUGCACCUCCAACACUUCAACUCGACAUUCAACUCUGGUGUUAUAGCUCACUUCACUGAACCACCCUUCAUCCCAGCCGUGCCACACGCCGGCCACUCUGUCUCUGGUCUAGAGGCCUGCUAGAUUUGAAUCGCCAUAAGAAACAUACAAAUAAGCUCACUGCAAGCUAUUCAUAAUAUUGCUAUUGUGAACAGUCUUGCCCUUUUCACUGACACCUUACGUGUGAUGGACACACAGCUUAAGGCCACUUCAAGCACCUAUUCAGGGCCUGCUCUGUUGGGGAUUCUAUUUUUACUCUGAUCCAUUACUGGAUAACCCGGUUGAGAUGACCCUUAAUCCAAAUGAUCUGGUUAAACCAGUUGGAGAACAUGCUACAGACUCUCCCAGUCGUUGUGCCUUGCACCCAGCCUUUACUCUUCUAGCCAAGGGGUUAUCCAAAAUGUUUCAGCCAAACCAUACCCAUUGUGUGUAGUAUGUUCAUGGCACUUAUUUUCUAUGGAAAUAAGAGGGACAAAUGUAACACUUUGUCAGGUGCAGGUUCAUCUUUUAUCAUGGAUUAAGUGCCUGUUUAAAUUGCAUCACUGACUUCCUAAGAGAGGUUGUAGCAAAAAUGUCUCAAUGAAACUGUUUCAAUGCUCCAUGCUUUCAAAGCAUCUUUGGAGAAAUCGAAGUGAAGCUUUUUAGAAACACUAGUUUAGAAACACUAGUUAUUGAGCAGUUAUAUGAAAAACACUAGCUACAUCAUAAGGGAUAAAGCUGUCAGGUGCUCUCACGAUCACCUGUUAGAUUCAAGCUACAAUGUUGAUGUGCUUUUGGUCUGUUUUUAGGAGCGUGAACAUUGCUACAGUAGCAUUUUGUAUUGGUAACAGAGACCAAUGAACUAUACGGGACCAACACAAUGCCUCUCCGUGACAGCUUUCUCACACAGAACUGUCUUAAUCCUGAACCAAAAAAGGAAUGUGUUUUUUCUUUAUGUGAAGUCCAGGGCUAGACUUGGCAAAAGCCCUGCUUCUUGGUGAUUUGAUUGGACUGUUUGGCCAGGAUGUUGAGUCUCAAGGUUGAACAUUCUUCAUAGUCACUUUUGUUGUCGUCAUCAAUCAAGAUUGGGAAAGUUUUUCAACUGCAAAAUGGAUCAGUUUUGCUGCUGGACCCAAAUGUAUUAACAUAUUGUUAGUGUUGACACAUUACUUCCACCAACGGCAGACUGAUUUGCAUUCACAUUGAACUCCCAGGAUUGUUCACAGUCCAGUGCUCUUGAACUAUAAGAUUGAUGUGUUAUUAGAUACUCUAAGCUCAACUCACAAUGGAUUUAACUAAUCGUGUGUGUGUGUGUGUGUGUGUGU